AUGUAUAAUAUGCAAAAUAUGGCUCAAGUUCUCAUAUUUGUUUAUGCAUUGGUCAUCUUUAUUUUUCUAUUUCUUGUUGAAACAACUAAAGUAAGUGCCAAUCCCUGCAAAUCUGUCGAGGAUUGUCCAGAGGUUAGAGAACAUAUUGCAAAGUGCAUUGAUGGUGUUUGUGACUAUUGGCCAGAUCCAGAUUUUGUAAAGAUUAAUAAAAAGGAAGCAGUUGGAAAUGAGUCAUUGAGUCAAAAUUUGCGCGUACAUAGGACAACACCUUUAUUGAUUCAUGUACACACAAACCUAGAUCUAAAAAUCGCCUCUCCCUGCAAAUUUGUAAAAGAUUGUCCCCAGGUUGAAGAACUUGUAGCAAAGUGUGUUGAUGGUUUUUGUGUGUAUUGGAUUCUAUGUUAA